AUGUCAUCUGACGAUGAACUCCCCUCCAAUGUCGUCGCGCUGGAAUCAGGUCUCAGCCUGCGGUUCUACGAAGCCGUUCUGCUUCUCUACUGCCUGAAGGAAGUAAUGUACGAGGCAAAGAGCGUCAAGGAACCCGACCUCGAGUCUGACGUUGGAAGAUCUUCGAGGGACUCUUUUCGGUGCUUUGUCAACAAGCUUGCGCAGAUUUGCGACAACGAGCUGGGAGGCAGGACUGUUACAGCAUUCGCUGUACUUCAACCCGGCCAGACUCAAUAUCGGUUUGCAUCCAACCAGCGGAGCAGCGGGGAGCUUGAAGACGUCAAGACAUAUGUUUCCAAUAUUCUUGGGACCUUGGGCGGAACCCCUGACGACAAAUUGAGUGGAGUGGUUGGAACGGUUCUCGAGAGCGUCCUAGCGUUCAAUCGACCUGUCAUCGAACAAUACGCCAAGAACUUAUUCCGAGUGACGGAGUUCUGUGCUCGAGUCUGUGGAAAAGAGGAUAAUGCAAAAGCUCGAGAAGCCGCUCGUGAUAUCGAUACUCUGGGGAGGCUUUCUGCAUUCGCAUCAUUGGGACCUGGGCAAAAACUGAAUCUGGAGGAUUUCAUAAACCAAGCGGUGGAGCUCCUAGACACCAUCAGCAAGCUCUACAACUCUUCCUUUGAAGGAUUUAUCCGCGACAAGGCUCAUGCCGACAGGGACCCCGGUAUCAAGACGCCUUGGAGCGAGCUACGACACGCCUUUGGCCGUCUUCAUUCCUAUACCAUUGCCGUCAAGGUCCUCGUUUCUAUGCGGCGUCGACGCCAGGAGCUGUUUGAAAAUUUCGAGAUUGUGGCUGUGCCAUCCAGUGCACGAUCUAGCUGCCCGAAUGUCCGCCGCAAGGUUGAUCGUAUCCUGGACCGCUUUCCUCCGGACAUGAAGAUCGGUGAAACCUACAAGACUAAUCUCCCAGAAGAGCUGCGGGAUGUCAUGGACAAAAUGGUCAAGAAGUGCGGGACGGGCAAAAAGGGAAAGUUCAGGCCGUACGUGCAUGCCGAAUUGUUGCUGCUCAACUCAAUCCUCACUGAGGAAGAGCGCGAGGGCGCAACACUGCGCUUCUUUGGUGGAGCAGACUAUGAUCGAUACAUUGGCUGCAGCAAGCCCACUUGUCGACUGUGCAAGCUGUAUAUCGACAGUCAUCCCAGCGGAGUGGAAUUCCGGGGCGGCCAUGGGAACAUCUACCACGAGUGGCGCGCACCGGAUAUCUGCAACGACGAGGGUGUCAAUGUUGAGAAAGCAAAGAAGAUAAGACAGAGUAUCCACAACAAGAUGUUGGACGCAAUAAGGCAAAGGAUCCAGACGACACUUGAUGAUAGGGCGAUUGAGAGGAAGAAUCACGAUUCCAACUCGACUCCUACCAGUUACAUCGGAGCUGGACGCUCGACGUGCAACCCGCACUUGGGAGCACAGGCUGCUAUUUACGGGAUGGACAGCAUCUCGACGACGGGCGCAGUGGAUGACUCGGAUGAUGUGGCAACCCCCCUCGGAAGGCUCACCAUCGCUGGCAAUAGUGAUCGGUCUGGGUCUCGGACAUCAAUCAGCAGAAGCUCGCAGGACACGACUCCCGUUCCCGAUAGUAAUGCUGCUUCUCCGAACGGCUUGUCCCUGAAGGCUGUUAUCGACAGACGACAACGUCCUUUGAUUAUCGAGGCGGAUGAGUAG